AUGGUGCCUGGUCGCGCCGAAAAUCAAGUUGCAUGUCACUGCUUUCAGCUGCGCCCGAGGAGCAGUGUGUCUUUCGGGAGGGGCGUCUUCCCGCCGACUCUGCAGCUCGCCCCUUGUCUGUUGGCAAUGGGCCACCCUUCGUGGGCGGAGGGCCCGACGCCGUCGGCGCUGGCCGUUUUUUUUUUGUUCAAGAGCGAUCUUGCAUAUACGCCCCGGCGCCCAGCUGCCUCCUCCCCAUCCCUUCGUCCCACUUACACCUCUUGGUCUGCGGGACCUUUUCCUCCAACCCUCCCAUCCACAGAUCUGUUCUGCCUUGUCCAGUUCAGUAGCUGA